AUGGCACACCACAAUGAAUCCACGAACGAGCACAAUGUCUAUGUCACAUUCUCUCACGUUCGUCCAAUCAACUCAGCCAAGGGGUGGUCGGCAAUUGGCUUUGGAGAAGAAAUGAAGGGUUCUCUCAUGGUCAUUGUCUAUGGAGACCCAGCGUCUGGGGAGCGUCCUAUUGUCAGCGUGCGGGCUUCGCAGGGUCAUUCUCAGCCCACGCUGAUCACGCCAAAUGAUCUAGCUGGAGGCGAUCUUCGCGUCUUGAGAUCUGACUGGACAUUGAACAAUUCUCCGGUCGGUACCGUCACGGCUAUUGUUUCUCUGGUUUGCUAUUCUUGCACCAAAUGGCCGGGGACUAGCAUCUCAGCGGCGUCUACUUCUCAGCCGUUCAUCUGGGCGUGGAACGAUGCCCAAGAGUUUGAUGUUCUCACAUACGACGCCCAUCUGAAGAUGCACAAGCACCACGCGGGAAACGGUGGCUGGGGUCGCUUUUACGUCAAUAUGGACCAUGUCACCAGCAAAGUCCCACAGCUGCCUUCAGUACCUUACAUUCGUCCAGGAGUUGCAGCAUUUGCAGCUUCCGAAGAGCCUGACAUCUUUGCCGGUGGCAUACUUGACGCCAUAACGAAAUGGGCGCUAAACAAUCGGGCGCUUCAUAUUCAUGGCGCUCUCAUGAGUGCUGCAUUCCUACUUUUCAUCCCCGCUGGCGUCGUAGCCAUGAGAUCUGGAAGUCCAAACUCGUUCAAAUAUCACUGGAUCAUCCAAGUGACAGCCGCGAGCACUAUAGUCGCUGGGAUGGGUGUCGGUCUUACACUCCAGAGGAAAGUCAACACAACUCACCAGAUUCUGGGGCUAGCUAUUGUCGGCUUGCUCUUCGUUCAAUCUUAUCUGGGGUUCAAGCAUCACUUCGACUUUGUGAAAAUCCGGCAGCGCACAUGGAUUUCGCACAGCCAUAUAUGGACCGGCCGCGCGGUAAUGGCGGCGGCAUCAAGCAAUUUGCUGCUUGGCAUGACCAUGAGCGGAUAUCCUCGAAUCACAAUGUCCUUGGCAGCCUCCUUCAUUAUCUUUGGGUUUUUCGGGCUCUCGUUUUAUGUCUGGAGAAAAGCAAGGAUCAUGGCUAAACGUCCUGCCGACUCUCAAGAGGUCGAUCAAAGCGAUCAGGCGCAUCGCUAUUUUACUAUUGCAGAUGACACUGAUGACGAAACGAGCGACACGGAGAAAGAGACUGAAAAGAUGAACAAGUCGGGCGAGUCUUUUGCUACCGGGUAG